AUGGAGUUAGGAGAGAAAAUUACAAUUUCAGGAUGUGCGGUGUUGUUUUCGUCGAUUUUUUUCGGAUUCUGGGGCUUUGACGCAAUCCUUACUUUCGGAAUAAAAGAUCAAACCGCAUUAAGGAAACGCAAUGAAAUUUUCGAUAUAUACAGAAAAUUGCCAUUUGCUUUGGAGUUUAAAGUAUUUUUAUUUAACAUCAGUAAUCCUGAAGAGGUAAUGCAAGGUGCUAAACCAAAAUUAACUCAAGUUGGGCCUUAUUGGUACAAUCUUUGGAAAGAGAAGAUUAACAUAGAUAUAAAUAAAUCUGAGGACAGUUUGACAUAUACACAAUAUGAUGUUUAUCAAUUUAAUAAAGUGAAAUCUGGAAAACUUAGUGAAAAUGAUUACGUUACAAUGUUGGAUCCUCUUUUAAUAGGCACAUUAAACACUGUAGAAGAAGUUGGCGAAUCCGUUCUUCAAGUCGCAAAUAAAGCAUUACCGUAUAUUUUUAAUAAUCCGAAGACAGUAUACAGAAAAUUAAAAGUGAAGGAUAUACUCUUUGAGGGAAUCGAUGUUUGGUGUAAUUCUACUACAUUCGCUGUAAAAGCUGUUUGCUUACAUUAUAAGCAAAAAACUCCUGGUACGGUUUUUAACGAAAAUGGAUAUUAUAAAUUUUCCCUUCUUGGUCCUAGAAAUGCAACACCGGGGGCUCGUUUUAAGGUAUUGAGAGGAAUUCAUAAUUAUAAAGACUUAGGAAGAUUGAUAGAAUUUAAUGGACAAACUAGUUCAUCUUUGUGGGGAACUAAAUACUGCAAUCAGUUCAACGGAACUGAUGGUUGGAUAUUUCCUCCAUUUUUAGAAAAAGAAGAAGGAAUCUGGACUUACAGUACAGAUUUAUGCAGAAGCAUUCAAGCUUAUUUUGUCGAAGACACGGAAUUCAAAGGUGUUAAUGUUAGAAGGUAUCAUGUAGAUUAUGGUGAUCAAUCUAGUAGAGAAGAUGAAAAAUGCUAUUGCCUAAGGACAUGUAUGAAAAAAGGAGUUUUUGAUUUAGGUAGUUGUCUAACAGUACCUAUUUAUGGUUCUCUUCCUCAUUUCUUAAUGGGAGACGAAACUUUGACCAGUGAUGUGGAGGGUUUGGAUCCCAGAGUUACUGAUCAUAUAACAUUUAUUCAUUUUGAACCAUUAACUGGUACACCUAUUGAAGCUAGAUUGCGUCUUCAGCUUAAUAUGCCAAUAAAACCCUGGACUUAUAUUGAUCUUACGAAGAAUAUGUCUACUUUUCUUCAUCCUGUAUUAUGGAUUGAACAGGGUAUGGAGUUAGAUGGAAAGUUACUGAGAAAAGUCAAAAAUAUAUUUUUGCUUAUUAAUGUCGUGAACAUAACUAAAUACAUCGGAAUACUGGGAGGUACUGUUGCGGCAAUAAUUGGAACUUAUAUGCAUUUUAAAAACGAACAAGUCGUUAUUAUUUCAAAAGGUCAAAAUAAAGUUACAGAAGAACCCUUACAAAACUCGAACAUACCCAUUCAAUAUAAACAAAAACCUGCUAUUUUCACGAGAAAAGUUAACACUUCAAUUAAUCAUGUCAUGUCAGGUAAUGAAUUAAAUAAAUAUAAUCUCAACGGUAAUUUGUGAUAAAUCUUUUUGAAUUUUAUAUAAUUAUCAGCACUACAUUUAUACAAUCUUGAAUAUCGUUUCUUGUACAAAUAAAAUAAAUGACAACCGCUUGAAAAACUUGUUUUUUGCAUUUUUUAAAUGCACUCUAUGUGCGUUAUAUACGUUAUAUUAUAAAUAAAGCAA